AUGAACUCUCAGGAGGGAGACGGCGAGGGAAGCGCCGCAUCGCAACAUGGCCGGCCAUGUCACGGCUGUCGCAAACGAAAGGUGCGCUGCGACAAGAUGCGACCGUGUUCCAACUGUGUGCGCUCCAAACAAUUGUGCACGUACGAAAGCAGUGACAGCGCCCUCGGUUCAUCGCGGGAUGUAAACAAUGCAGCGAUGUCGACAGAUGCAGAGCUGCGAGAACGGCUGGAGAGGCUGGAGGCUCUGAUGAAGUCGAUGAUGGUCGGCGAGACGACCCCCGGACGGUUGGGUACCAGCAGCCCGGAAUUCAGUAAUCCUUCGCUAAGAGGCUCUACCACACCCACCUUGACUGCACCUGGAACACAACAGUAUCAAACAGGUAUAUCUGCAGUAUUCUCGGGCGUCGAGAGAUCACCUAAUCAGAAUGAAAGUGGUGCACCAGUUGGUCAGAUCUUAUUUCAAGAUGGCUACAGUGCCUACUUCGACUCGGACUUUUGGCCCGGUCUGAUCACCGAGGUUGAAGAUCUGAGACAAUUGUUUGAUGAUCCAAUUACCGAUAAUAAUAGUUCUUCUCAUUGGACUUCGAUGUCCGUACUGGGCAUGCCUUCUCCAUUAUCUGGAUCGGAGUUCGGCUUAGCACACCCUUCAAUUGAAGAAAGCAAUAUGCUAUGCAAAUACUUCUUUGAAACAGUAAACCCAUUUACGCGAGCUCUCCAUUCUUCAUUAUUUGCUCGCGAGUUGAGCAUGUAUCGACGCGGUACUUUCCACUUACCACAUGAGUUUGAAGCACUACUCUUCUCCAUUUACACCUUGACAGUGAAUAGCCUGCGUGCGGAAGUGGUCGAGAGGAUCUUUUCAACCUCGAAGGAUGACCUACUGUCUCGGCUGAAAGUGUCAACUCAGGUUGCUCUAACGAGAAUAUAUUUCCACAAGACCGAGAAGAUUCAUGGGCUCGGCGCUCUUUUACAUUACUUGACCUUUCUCUUCCAACAAAACCUCUACAGAGAUGCAGUCCCUCUACUCUCAAUUGCUGUUCGUCUCGCUCAAAAUAUGGGCAUCCAGCGCGACGCACGACACUUCCCCUUCUCACCCUGGGUAACCGAGAUCCGAGCCAGAAUAUGGAACCACAUCUGCAUUCUCGACGCCCAAGCCAUCGCAUACUACGGAGCUGAAUCCUGUCUUCCUCCAACAUCCGACUGUCUCCCACCCAGAAACGCAAACGAUCGAGACUGGCACGCUAGUCGAUUUGCCAACCCGUCAUCAGUACCUCCUAAUGUCUUGGGGUUCAAAGACAUGACGUUUGCUCUGGUACAUCGCGAAAUAGCUGAUGCGACUCGGCUACUCGCCACAAUUGACGGUACUGAUUUGGAUAAACGGCAUAAAAUCCUAAGUCAAGUUGAAGCGUCACUCAGCCAGAAAUACCUUGGUAGGAUAGAUCGAGCAAAUCCAUCACAAACAGUAAUUGCUGCACUCGUCGAAGUGCGCCUGUCAAGUCUCAGACUCUGUCUCCGCCAUCGACAGACUGAGACCUUAAAAGUCCAUCCUUCAGAUCCGCAAAGACAUCAAGUGUUCCUCGCAGCCGUCGAACUUCUCGAAGCAAUAACCUACCACAUCAGCAGCUUCACCCCCCUCAACUGCGAAUGGCUUUUCUCAACCCCUGUCCCCUUCCUCGCCACCUCCAUCGCCUUAACAGACAUGCGGCACGCCACCCGCCAAAACGACAAAGAGCGUGCACAGCGACAAAUCGACAACGUCUUCUCUCGCUUCUCAUCUUCCCCCGUCGCAUCAACCAAAAUGUGGAAAGUCCUCAUAGAAUUACGCAGGAAUAUGAUGGAUGAAGGCACGCACAGCUCAACACAAGUACUCGUAGGAGGAGGAACUGUCGGUAGUUGCGAAAGUACAACGAUGCCUGGAGACACAGGUGGUGGAGCGGGCAGUGGUGCUGCGGCGUUUGGGUUUGGUGAUGAUUUGAUGUUGGAUUUUGGUGGUGGUGGGACGGGGCCUGGGAGGAGGGAUGGGGAUGGGGAUGGGACCUAUGAUGAGUUUGCUAUGAUGGGGGAUUUGCAGAAUUUACCGUGGUAUGCUUGGACUGAGGGGGGAUCGAGAUGA